GUUUCGCUUCGGACUGCUGCCGCAGCACCAUUGUUUGGGCACUUCUAUUUGUACUUCAGCCCACAUUUCAAGAUGAGAGAAGAAAUUUCCGAUGAUGUUCCAAAUCCUGUUAAGAACACGAGGCAUAGGCAGCAUCAACGCAGCCGAUCUCUGGACGCUUUCGACAACCUCGACCUAUUAGAGGCACAGAGGCUUUUCCGGCAAAAGUAUCUGCAGAACAGAGCCAAAUUCGAGACUCAGGGCAACGACACAGCCGACAACGUCCGUCCUGUGAACGGAUGGGUGGUUUCAAAAUCACGGCGUUUUUCGACUGAUGAAGAAAGAAGCAGCUCCACUGUCCAAGAGUCCAUCGCAAGCACCAAAGUGAAAAACAAUGGUGACGAUACGCUUAAGGCCCCUUCUCUUGUCAGAGAAAUUUCUACAAAAUACGUAACACCAGUACACAAAUCGAUGCUCGAAACAACAGUUAAAGAAGUACCGUCUAAAUCGUUAAGGAAUUCCUUGCCACUAACGGCGUUUAGUAGAUCGGCCAACAGCAACGUACACUUGCGUCGAACCAUGUCUGCGCGUGAAGGGAAUUUGGAUGGGCGAAAUGUUUCCAGAAUUAGUGAUAUUAAACCACUGCAGACUAGAUGGGCGCAGCGGGCGACACCAACAGAUGACCACUUAAAAUCAACUGUCCACGGCCUUCGGAAACACUCGACUUCAGCAAAGUUCGAAGUAACUGACUCCGCCGUUAACGGGGCUGAAACAAGACAGACCAAAUGGACACAACGGGCGGUGGCUGUGGGUGAUGUUUCUAAGACAUCAGACUUCCAAUCAGCUGUUAACUACCUUCGGAAACCCUCGCUCCCUACCACGACCGAUGAAGUGGAUUCUAGUGUUAACAGAACUGGAGCGCACCAGAUCAAGAGUGCAUAUCCAGCUGUGGGCGAGAGAGACAUCACCAACAGAUUAGACUUCAAAUCACCUCUCUCCUACUCUCGGGUAUACGCGUAUCGUACCACAGGUAGUGAAACUGGAGAGACUGUUUCAAAAACAGCCGAGAACAAACUAAAUAAUAAAAGUUCUUUAUUCAUCUAUCUUAAUCGUCCUACAACUUCUAGUGUUAACACAGAAGCGGAACGAAAUCAUUGGCAGGACCAACACGGUACCACCGUCAACAGCAGUACAAGUUUAACCGCAACAGGAAGAAACAAGCAGAGUAGUUCCCCAUUUUCUCUGAGUACCAACACUAGAAAAUUCGAUAUUACGAAUGAGUCACCGGGUUCUCAGAACGGCGCUGAGAUUUCUGACUCUUCAGGGCUCUUCGCUGCGGCAACGAGAACACCACUGGCAUAUUCUUCUUUCAAAACGGGAAUGCUCAAUAAGACGUGGAAACCAGUGCCUGUGCAUAGGCAUAACUCAUUCAACGAUGCUACGAUGCAAGAAAUCUCUAAGAUAAGAGGUUAUCGGUCUAUAUCUCGCACGAAAAGCGACCUAGACAAAUACAGAACAGUUCCUGGAACGGGUAAUCAGAGCACCUCAGCCAGCGACAAGCCACAGUCUGUCCGAAGCACACUUCCUCUCGUGUCGCCACCAAGCGCGAAGUUAGUUGUUAAGGCUCGAGAUGAAAUUCUGCCAUCCACCGCAUCUCUUAAAACGCAGUUCAGAAGGUUUAAUCCUCCCACUUCGUAAAACGAUUAUAUAAAAUGUCAGAGUGGUUUAUUUUCCAGCUCAAUCUUUCGAAAAGAGGGAAUCUGUUGGGAGGAAAAUACUCCCGUAUGAGACUACAACAAAAAGAAUCGCAAAUCGACAAUUGCAAAAAAAAAACAAUAAUAGAGAAGUUGUAAACCGAUGUAUAUUGUAUUUCGUGCUUUUGUAUUUGCUUCAUAGUACGGCAAAAAAUGAUUAAAAAGGAACAUAGUUGAUUAUACUC